AUGAGCCGUCACGAGAUGCAUGAGUUGUACGCGUUCUACGAGAAUCAUUUGCCAUUCCACACUGUUCGUCUGCCGAAGGUGGCGUUGGCCGAGAUUCUAGAACACGUCACUCCGGCGAUAAUCGACGUCUCCCUCCUUCGGCACCACUCGCAACCUGCUUCCACGAAGCUGGCGAUCGGGAACACAUAUUCGAGGUUCAAAGAAACCGAGCUUUUCUUUGCAGGUGAUCGAAAGGAGCCACUUGCCAUUAAUAUUAUUCGCAUCCCUCCCCGCGACAUCGAAGCCCUAGGCAUCCUUGGCUUCGUUGCCGAGACCUCUUUGGCUCCACCCAUGGAGACUGCCAGAGGAAAGUCGUUCAGUGUGGAAACUUCUCUUGCUUUCAAUGGCGGAAACAUUCCUUCUCGCACAAAAGAAUGCCCACAGACCAUCCAGCUCACCUUGACUUUCACUUCCGUUACCGAACGCACUAUAGCUGACUUCAUGCUCGGGAAGCCCAUGAUAGCCCGUUUCUGCAUCGUGAACUCCAUUGGUGUCCCGGCCGGCGACUUCCCCUGUCAAACCUCUCCAUCUGCUAUCCCCGGCCCGGAAGAAGUCAACAACCCUUCCUAUGUCAUGACACGAGCUCCCUGUGUCGACGGUAACAAAGAUAUCAGCCCCGAGAUCGAGAUCUACAGAUAUCCCGGGAAUCGCGUCAUCGCAGACGCUGGGUUUACGAUCUAUGCCGACCCCGAUUGGGAGAAGGAGACUUGCACUGUUCGUUUUCUGCGCGUAUCAUUGGCAUUUAGCAACGCCUUGGGACACGUAGCCACGUCCGGGGACGACCCCGAGCGCCUGAUCUACCUGUCCAUUCAACUCUCGGAGAAGUACCGCCACACUCGGCGCAUUGCGGACAGGACCUUGCCAGGCGAUCUCCCGCCGUCGCAAACUGCAGGCGACAUCUGCGAACCCGCUACUCCCUCUUCCGACAACGAUGGUACUAGCCAGGAUGCCGAGGUGCUGAAGGUGACCGACCCUCCGGAAAACUCGGUACCACUGAGCGAGGCGUCGUCUCAAACGCCGCUUUCCGAUUUGAAUGAACCUACCGCACCGGAAAAUGGUGAAUCGUCGUUCACCGUCGACAAAUCUGACUCUCCAAAUUUGCAGCGGCGCACCCCACCCGACCAGCACGCCGAUCCUGAGCGCACCGCUGAGCCGCAUGAUGAUGGAGCCGCAGAGGCUCCGGGUACUGCCAUCCAGCCCGCGUCAUUUCCGAGCGAUAUGCGUCCUCGGAGAGCGGAGAGCGAACGACCCGCCGCGGAGCUGGAAGGCAGGGCUUCGUGUCGAACGUCUCUGUCCUCGGUUUCGUCGGAUCGCCAGGACCAAGCACUGCCUAUAUCGGGCGACCCAGAUCCCGACAAUGUCCACGAAGGAGGCGAGCGUUCAGAUGUGGGGCACAGCGAGCGCGACGCUCUGCGGGAAGAAGUGUCGACCUUGAAAGCUCAGGUCGCUGAUCUGACAUCCAAGAUGUCGUCGCAGAUGGAGGAGAUACGCGCUAGGUUCAAUGCCGAGCCCUCACCAGUUCCAGCUGCUGGAACCGACAGGAAGGAGCGGCCCUCUCGUCGUCUUGUCUUCUCCAAGGCUCGUAGGAAGGGAUUAAUGAGCAGCCGGAUUGCCCACCUCUGA